AUGGUCUGUACGUCUAACCUGUUCGGUGGUUUCAACUUACGACUUGAACGUCGCAACUCUGGUCGGCUGUUUCCGUUUUUUUCUUGUUACGGAGCUCCUGUCGUUGAUGAUUUCUUUUUCUUCUCAGCUCACCGCGAAUUCCUUUCAUUCUUCUUCCUCGUCCCUUCUAACCUUGGAACACGUUCAAUCUGUCACUCCUUUCAAUCUUUUCACCCAGCGAACACGUUCAAUCUGUCCUCCUUUCAACCAUCCCUCGUUCAAUCUGUCACCCUCCUUCCAACCAUCUGUUCUUUUCAACCAGUCCCUUCUAUGACCAUCCUUGGUUUUCUUUUCACCCAGCUAACACGUUCAAUCUUUUUCAACCAUCCGUUUUUUACUUUUUUACAAUUUUCGCAUUACCUAGUCCUUCUAAGAACAGCCUUGGUUUUCUUUUCACCCAGCGAACACGUUCAAUCUGUCCAUCCUUCCAACCAUCUGUUUUUUACUUUUUUACAAUUUUCGCGUUACCUAGUCCCUUCUAAGACCAUCCUUGGUUUUCUUUUUUUUCACCCAGCUAACACGUUCAAUCUGUCCUCCUUUCAACCAUCCUCCCCUAAGACCAUCCUUGGUUUUCUUUUCACCCAGCUAACACGUUCAAUCUGUCACUCCUUCCAACCAUGUUUUUUACUUUUUACAAUUUUCGCGUUACCUAGUCCUUCUAUGACCAUCCUUGGUUUUCUUUUCACCCAGGGAACACGUUCAAUCUGUCCUCCUUCCAACCAUCUGUUCUUUACCUUUUUACAAUUUUCGCGUUACCUAGUCCCUUCUAUGACCAACCUUGGUUUUCUUUUCACCCAGGGAACACGUUCAAUCUGUCACUCCUUCCAACCAUCCUCCCUUUUUCUAAGAACAGCCUUGGUUUUCUUUUUCAGCGAACACGUUCAAUCUGUGUUACUCCUUCCAACCAUCUGUUCUUUCUUUUUACAAUUUUCGCGUUACCUAGUGACCAUCCUUGGUUUUCUUUUCACCCAGCAACACGUUCAAUCUGUUCUUUCAACCAUCCUCCCUUCUAAGAACAGCCUUGGUUUUCUUUUCACCCAGCGAACACGUUCAAUCUGUCUCCUUCCAACCAUCGUUCAAUAUCCUUUGGUUUCUUUUUCACCCAGGGAACACGUUCAAUCUGUCCCUCCUUCCAACCAUCUGUUCUUUUUUACAAUUUUUUACAAUUUUCGCGUUCAAUCUGUCCUCCUUUCAACCAUCCGUUUUUUCUUUUUUACAAUUUUCGCAUUACCAGUCCCUUCUAAGAACAGCCUUGGUUUUCUUUUCACCCAGCGAACACGUUCAAUCUGUCACUCCUUCCAACCAUCUGUUCUUUACUUUUUACAAUUUUCGCGUUACCUAGUCCCUUCUACGAAUAUCCUUGGUUUUCUUUUCACCCUGGGAACACGUUCAAUCUGUCACUCCUUUCAACCAUCCGUUUUUUACUUUUUACAAUUUUCGCAUUACCUAGUCCCUUCUAUCUGUUUGGUUUUCUUUUUUUCGUUUUUCACCCAGUUCUUUAACACGUUCAAUUUUCAACCAUCUGUUCUUUACAACAGCCUUGGUUUUCUUUUUCACCCAGCGAACACGUUCAAUCUGUCCCUUCCAACCAUCUGUUCUUUACCAUCCGCGUUACCUAGUGACCAUCCUUGGUUUUCUUUUUCACCUGGGAACACGUUCAAUCUGUCCCUCUUUCCAACCAUCCGUUUUUACUUUUUACAAUUUUCGCUGUCAUCCUUGUUUUCUUUUUCACCCAGGGAACACGUUCAAUCUGUCCCUCCUUCCAACCAACCAUCUGUAGUCCCUUUCCCUUCUAUGACCAUCCUUGGUUUUCUUUUUUCACCCAGUCCCCUAACACGUUCAAUCUGUCACUCCUUUCAACCAUCCGUUUUUUACUUUUUACAAUUUUCGCAUUACCUAGUCCCUUCUAAGAACAGCCUUGGUUUUCUUUUCACCCAGCGAACACGUUCAAUCUGUCCAUCCUUCCAACCAUCUGUUCUUUACUUUUUACAAUUUUCGCGUUACCUAGUCCCUUCUAAGAAUAUCCUUGGUUUUCUUUUCACCCUGGGAACACGUUCAAUCUGUCCCUCCUUCCAACCAUCUGUUCUUUACUUUUUACAAUUUUCGCGUUACCUAGUCCCUUCUAUGACCAUCCUUGGUUUUCUUUUCACCCAGCUAACACGUUCAAUCUGUCACUCCUUUCAACCAUCCGUUUUUUACUUUUUACAAUUUUCGCAUUACCUAGUCCCUUCUAAGAACAGCCUUGGUUUUCUUUUCACCCAGCGAACACGUUCAAUCUGUCACUCCUUCCAACCAUCUGUUCUUUACUUUUUACAAUUUUCGCGUUACCUAGUCCCUUCUAAGAAUAUCAUUGGUUUUCUUUUCACCCUGGGAACACGUUCAAUCUGUCACUCCUUUCAACCAUCCGUUUUUUACUUUUUACAAUUUUCGCAUUACCUAGUCCCUUCUAAGAACAGCCUUGGUUUUCUUUUCACCCAGCGAACACGUUCAAUCUGUCCCUCCUUCCAACCAUCUGUUCUUUACUUUUUACAAUUUUCGCGUUACCUAGUCCCUUCUAUGACCAUCCUUGGUUUUCUUUUCACCCAGCUAACACGUUCAAUCUGUCUCCUUCCAACCAUCCGUUUUUACAAUUUUUUUUACCUAGUCCCUUCUAUGACCAUCCGUUUUUUGUCCCUUCUUUUCGGUUUUCUUUUCACCCAGCGAACACGUUCAAUUCUAAGAAUAUCCUUGGUUUUCUUUUUCACCUGGGGAACACGUUCAAUCUGUCCCUCCUUCAACCAUCUGUUCUUUUACUUUUUUUUAGUCCCUUCUAAGAAUAUUUUGGUUUCUUUUUCACCCUGGGAACACGUUGAAUCUGUCCCUCCUUCCAACCAUCUGUUCUUCCUUUUUACAAGACCUAGUCCCUUCAGAAUAUCCUUGGUUUUCACCCAGCGAACACGUUCAAUUUCUCCUUCCAACCAUCUGUUCUUUACUUUUUACAAUUUCGCGUUACCUAGUCCCUUCUAUGACCAUCCUUGGUUUUCUUUUCACCCAGCUAACACGUUCAAUCCUUCCAACCAUCUGUUCUUUACUUUUUACAAUUUUCGCAUUACCAGUCCUUCUAAGAAUAUCCUUGGUUUUCUUUUCACCCAGCGAAACGUUCAAUCUGUCCUCCUUCCAACCAUCUCGAACACGUUCAAUCUGUCACUCCUUCCAACCAUCUGUUCUUUACUUUUUACAAUUUUCGCGUUACCUAGUCCCUUCUAUGACCAUCCUUGGUUUUCUUUUCACCCAGCUAACACGUUCAAUCUGUCCCUCCUUCCAACCAUCUUCCCUUCUAAGAAUAUCCUUGGUUUUCUUUUCACGAACACGUUCCUCCUUCCAACCAUCUGUUCUUUCUUUUUUCGUUACCCUUCUAUGACCAUCCUUGGUUUUCUUUUCACCCAGCUAACACGUUCAAUCUGUCCCCGAACCGUUCAAUCUGUCCUCCUUCCAACCAUCUGUUCUUUACUUUUUUACAAUUUCGCGUUACCUAGUCCUUCUAUGACCAUCCUUGGUUUUCUUUUCACCCAGCUAACACGUUCAAUCUGUCCCUCCUUCCAACCAUCUGACCAAUUUUCGCAUUACCUAGUCCCUUCUAAGAAUAUCCUUGGUUUUCUUUUCACCCAGCGAACACGUUCAAACACUUCCAACCAUCUGUUCUUUCUUUUUACAAUUUUCGCUCCCUUCUAUGACCAUCCUUGGUUUUUUUCACCCAGCGAACACGUUCAAUCUGUCCUCCUUCCAACCAUCUGUUCUUUACUUUUUACAAUUUUCUUAGUCCCUUCUAUACCAUCCUUGGUUUUCUUUUCACCCAGCUAA